GAAUUGCACCGUCCACUGCUCCAGGUUCCCAUCACCAUCGUCUCCGUCGUCUUCCCCCCACUACGCAAGCAGUGCCGCCUCAUUGGUUUGUCGACUUUGCAACCAGGAGUGUAAUGGUAACCAAACAAAGGAGGUAUUGAUCAAUUGUCCGUAGCGGCGAGGAAGGUAAGUGAAUUUUUGCCCACGUUUAUUGCCGGUGGAGAUGUUAUAUGUGACCAGGGGAAGGCGGGAUGCUCUUCGAUUUUUGCUAGGCUCCGGAUGGAAAAGGAAGCACCAAGGAUGCCUCAGGUGAAUCGGUGGAUCGCGGAGCAGAUCGGAGGAAGGAAAAUAUCGAGAAGGGGAAACUCCAUAUGGACCGGACAACUUGUUAAAAUUGGGAUACAAUGAUUUUGGAGCUUUCUUUUAUGCUCACUCAUGGUGAACGUUGCUUUGGCAUGGGGUAUCUAUGCAUGGGAUAUGGGAUGUGUAAGGGAGCAUGGAAUGGAUGGAGCAUACAUGGAGGUUAUUGAGAUGGGUGAGGGAGUUGAGCGUGUUGUUGAUAAAGAGGAACAAGAGUCUGCAUCCGCCGUUGUUAAAGGGAUCCCAGGGAUCAGAAUUCAGGAUAUAAUGGUGGCGGCUAUUGAUAGCUGAUAGCGAUUAACUAACGUGGAUUCGGAAUAGUAAGCUAGGUGAGUGUAAAGGGGUAAAUUCUAUGCCUUACAGUAUUUGAGUAUUUGAGAUUGAUUGCUAUGUGCCAUACUUGCUUUGUGUGUUUCUAUGAUGCCAUGUGAGUUUGUGUGAAUAUGCUUUCAGUUGUAUGUUAUUGCAUGCUUUACUUACAAGUAAGUUCAAGUUUAAGAAACAAGUACUUUUUAA